GCAACAAGACUGGAAAGGAAGCUCACCCGAAUUCUUGGCUCGAUCCCGGUGAUUGUGGAUGCGGUGGAUGGUCCUGCAAGCGCCGCAGAGAACAGAGAUCGAGGCCUGAGAAGAGCUCGAGGGGACAUCCUGUCUGUGUUCGAUGCGGACGACCUCAUGCACCCGCAGCGGAUUGAGCUCAUCAGCAAGGCCUUCUUUUCUACGCCGGGCCUCAAGAUGUUGCUGCACAGCUACUACCCACUCUUCAACAACAGCCAGACUCGGACCUGCGUGCGGUACGAUCUCACUGACCGUUUGCGCGUGUUGCCCAGCCGGGACUUAAUGAUGAUGGACCAGACGAGCCAGGCCGCGCACAUGCACGACAUGGUCCACGAGAUCUUCAACUCGGGGGUUGCCAUGCGCCGGGAGGUUGUGGAGCAGUUCACGUACAACGCCACACCUGAGGCGGCUACGAAGGAGGACGACGCCGGCUUCACGCGGGCAGUUGUUCGAGGCUACGGCGGCGUGAAAGACUUGGCUGCGGAGGAGGGCGAGUGGGCACUGCCAGCUGGUAUCGAAGCCCCGGGUGCUCGAUUCUGUAAACGACCAACGAUCCAUAAAUGA